CAAAAGUCUCCAAGCCGGCCUGAUCUUUUACACUUCACCCAACAUCAGUCACACAUCUUCACAGUCCUGGACCAGGAAUGAUUCACGAACAUCGUUGGACAUAGCAUACCAGCAAGGGACUUUAAGCCAAUUGCAGCCCGAUAAGAGAGGUGCUUACGAAGACCAUCAGCAUUCCUCAAUUCUUUGGAUUCAUUGUCCCUUCCAACGGCGAGCAUAUCUAUCACUGCAUAUUGCAUGGUCAACACUUGUCGACUACACAUCUUACAUUUGGAAAGAACAAAAGGCGAGGAAUAACUGAAAGAACAUGGCACCAACACCUCAACCAGCACUCACCCUCCUCCUCUUGCCCGCUCUACAGCUCCAGCUCCCCUCCCCCUCAUCAUCGUUGAGAUCAGCAUACAAACCCACAUUCGAGACACUGCUUCCCAAACUCGUCCAACCUGGCCCCAGCACCACAGCACGUCUGGACAUCGCCCUGGUCCUGUCCCCCUCCUACCCCAUCAGUUCCAACAUCUCCCGCUCCGCCACCUACCCUCUCCUUCAGACCCUGCUUUCCCAGAUCUAUAGCCUCAUUUGCUCUAUCGCCGCUCAGUCAAACAUUGACCUGGACUUCCCCGGCGGCCUGGACGUCCGAAUAUUCCUCCUGGAACCUCGAACAGACAGUCUUUCCCAAUCCCUCCUGGGCAAGCAGCCCCUUUCCGGUCCGAUCAUCGACUUUCAGACAUUCGUCUCAUCCACCCCCUCACGCCCCUAUACAAGUCUGUACUCCGUCGAGGGUGAAACGGGCGAGUCCCAUCUCAAAGCCCUCAUCACGGCCUGGCAGUCUCGACAAGGCGGCAUCGCCCCUCCUGUUCAUCGCCUGCCCUGUGGCCCAUCACUCGCAACUCCCAGCUCUUCAGCAACUCCAUACGCCGAGGACGGGCCUGUGGCAACCCAUAAAUCCGUCGCGGUAGGCGGGACGUUCGACCACUUACACAUUGGGCACAAGCUUCUUCUCACCGCGACAGUCCUGGCCGCCGAACCUUCCGACGCUUUUUCAUCAUCACCCAAAACACCCCGCCUCAUCACAGUCGGAAUCACAGGCGACGAACUCCUAGUAAACAAGAAAUACGGCUCCGUCGUCGAAUCCUGGUCGACCCGCCAACAACGCACCGCCGACUUCGUCGAGUCGAUCCUAGUCUUUCAUCCUGACAUCCCCUCGAUCAGGGAGACAGAGUCUAUCGACGAGCCCGGACCGAACGGCAAGGUGAUCCGCGUCACGUAUGGCGACGACAUCACGAUCAAUUACACGCAGAUCUCUGACCCUUUCGGACCAACGAUCACCGACGAGAAUAUCACCGCGCUUGUGAUCUCCGGCGAGACCCGUGCGGGCGGCAAAGCGGUCAACGACAAGCGCCGGGAAAAGGGGUGGAAGGAGCUAGAAGUGUUCGAGGUCGAUGUGCUAGAUGCGGCCGCGGGCCUGGAUGACGCUGAAGGCCAGCAACAAAGAGAAAGACACAGCUUUGAGAGUAAAAUUAGUAGCACGGAGAUUAGGAGGAGACUGCAAGAGAGGGGAGCCAGUGCGUCUGCAUCUUGAUUCAGCACUUCAAAUAGCAAUAUUUAACGCCUUGUCAUCUGAAUGUUAUAAUCUCAGCAAGGUAGAUACUAUCCUCGAUUUGCCGGCAAAGCAAGGUCCCUUGAGGACCUGGGUACAGGCUACUUGGAUCUUUACGU